AUGGGCGUGUCCGGCGGCGGGGUGGGCGUGUCCGGCGGGGUGGGCGUGGCCCGUGCGGCGCGGGGCGCACCGGAGCCAGCGGAGCGCAGCGAGAUCGGAAGACCCGCCCCCCCGCAACCGGCCGAGCGCGGCCCCCUCCCGCCGCCCUCCACCCUGGUGCAAGGUCCCCAAGGCAAACCGGGGAGACCGGGAAAGCCGGGACCGCCGGGACCGCCCGGAGAACCGGGGCCGCCGGGGCCGGUGGGGGCGAGGGGUGAAGCAGGAAGACCGGGACCCCCGGGAUUACCGGGACCGGGGGCUACGGGCGCGGUGAGCGCGGCCACCUACAGCACGGUGCCGCGGGUCGCCUUCUACGCCGGCCUCAAGAACCCCCACGAGGGCUACGAGGUCCUCAAGUUCGACGACGUGGUCACCAACCUGGGCAACAGCUACGACGCCGCCUCGGGCAAGUUCACCUGCGCCAUCCCCGGCACCUACUUCUUCACCUACCACGUCCUCAUGCGCGGCGGCGAUGGCACCAGCAUGUGGGCCGACCUCUGCAAGAACGGGCAGGUCCGGGCCAGCGCCAUCGCGCAGGACGCCGACCAGAACUACGACUACGCCAGCAACAGCGUCAUCCUGCACCUGGACGCGGGGGACGAGGUCUUCAUCAAGCUGGACGGGGGCAAAGCCCACGGCGGCAACAACAACAAGUACAGCACCUUCUCCGGCUUCAUCAUCUACUCGGACUGAGCCCGGAGCCGCGGCACCGCCCCCCCCC